AGCUUGCGCUGCUGUUGACCCCGGGAGGAACUCAGACUGGGACCGGGACCGUCAUUCCCCCACCAGCAGCGACUCUGUCCUUGCCUCGGCAACUCAAUAUUCCACACCCUUCCCACUUCUCCGCAGACCAAAGACUGUCCCUUCGUCUGCAUCCCACAUUACAUGAGGACGUUUUGAGCCACAGUGGUCCUCCGUGUGAAACAGAGCUAGAGAACACAUACAGCUGCCAGACCCUUUCAAUUCAGAUCUGUCCCACAAUGCUUUGGACCUUUGGACUGUUGCUGUUCCUCGCUUGGCAUGUCAAAGGAAGGAGCGCUGGAUUCGAUGUGAACUUGGAGCUGAAGAAGGAGGCAGCGGUUCUCGGUGAUACCGAAGCGGCGUUUCGCGGGUUGACCCCGUCCACCAAAACUGUGGCGUUUGACCUGUUGAAACGUCGAUCCAAGAGGUCGGUGUAUCUUCACUCUGGGGUGAGAAUCUGUCCUCGGGAGAGCAUUGGCGAGGUUCUAGCCAGUUUUCAGGAGUACUACCAGCUCCGAGUGUGCCAGGAGGCUGUUUGGGAGGCCUACAGGAUCUUUUUGGACAGGAUUCCUGGGACCAUGGAGUACCAGAGAUGGGUUCAAGUGUGCCAGCAGGAGUCACUGUGCAUCUCCAACAUUGCCAGAAACUUCAGCGGCUCCGAGGAGCACCUGAACCUGAUCCGCAGGAGGAUGAAGCGCCUGAGAGACGAGAGUCUGCCAUCACGAGAUCACGUCACUCAAGCUGAUGCCAUUCCCAACGGUCCAGAAGUUCAGACCUCUACCAUAGUCCUGGACAUGUCCACUUCCCCUUCUAGCUCCACUCCUGGUGAUGAGUGGACCACCAAGGAUGAGGACUUGGACAUUCCUAAUGUCGUCCCUGAAAGUCUGGCACAGCAGAUGGUGGAGUUUAGCAUCGACUUGGUAGAUCCAGGAUACAGAGAGCUGCUGGAUGACCCUGACUCGCCUCAGUACAUAGACCUGGCCCACCACCUGCAGGACCAGAUGCAGCACGUUUUCGACAAACUUCCGGGAUUUCAAAGCAUCCGUGUGCUACGGAUCAGCGAUACGCAGGACGCCGGCGGGGUUGGCGGUAUAACGGUCUACUACUCCCUCGUCUUUGAAACGUCUUCCUUGAAAAUCAGCCCUGAGACAGCUGGAGCUGUUCCAACAGCGUCACCAGACUCCAAACUUUGGGAGAUGGUAAGAAAAGCUCUACGAGAGGACGCAUCUCUUCCGGUGGACUUGGAUUCUUUGAACUUCGACCCAGUGGCCGUCCUGCCGGCACGGACGUCGUCCUCCUCGACGGGCGUUGAUGGGGAGGACAGUGAACCAGACUCCCACAACGAAUUUGAUGUAUUCACUGAUGAUACAGAGUUGGCGAAAGUCAUCCCUGCGCUGGCCCUCAGCCCCUCAGAGAAGGAGAAUGCCCUGGUCACAUUACUGGAUCCCUCGGAAGAGGACUUAAUGUUUGCACCAGAAGUACAGGAUCCAUCCAACCAAGAAGAGGAGGAGCUGAUUAUUUCUCAUAAGAUUGAAAGCGUCCAUCAUACUGAAACUGGCGAACUCAUUCGAGACUACACGCCAAGCCCCCCUACCAUCGUGGAUGAAGACACUUUGGAUCAGCUGACAACCACCGCAAACACUUGGUCCAUGACUUCGCCUGCUGAUGACCAACCUUCAGACUCUGACCUCACCAUCACCACCACAGGCCAGAGGCCCACUGACUCCAUAGAGGUUGUCCAGCUGGAGACAGAUUCCCUGCCUGACUUAAGAGUCCCCAUUGGGAACAUCAUAGGGUUAGAGUCUGAAUCAGCAGAGGCACAGAAAGAGUUAUUGGGGGAACCUGCUCAAGAAGUCCAGCAAGAGAAUUCCCAAUAUGAAGUGACUGAUUUUUACAUGCCAGAUGAAGAGAUGAUGGCAGAAAACCAAGAAGUUGUGCCACAAUCACAAGACUUAGUUUUUGAGGUUGCUGGAAUGGAAAACAAAGAACCUAAAGGGUUAAAGCCACAAGACUUAGCACUAGAAGAACAGUCAGAUGACAUGAUUGAACAAAAAGAAAAGGUUGGAAAGGCACCUGAGCAAAUAGAAGAAGGUAUACAGGAAGUAGCAAAGAUGCAAGAGGCAGAAGGACAAACUGAAGCUUCACUUCCAGAUAAACAACACAUCAAACAUCAAAACCCUGGGCCUGAUGCUUCAGAGGACACAAUAUCUACUUCUCUGGAAGAAAAAACAUUCACUGGUGUUUCAGAAGAACUCCUUCCUGAUGUUCAAGAAGAAACAUUGCCUGGCAUUUCAGCAGAACUCCUUCCUGAUGCUCUAGAGGAAAUCGGACCUGGUGUUUCAGAAGAACUCCUUCCUGAUGCUCUAGAGGAAACAUUACCUGAUUUUUCAGAAGAACUCCUUCCUGAUGUUCAAGAGGAAACAUUACCUUAUGUUUCAGAAAAACACCUGCCUGAUUUUCUCGAGGAAACAUCAGAAGAAUCAGUUCCUACAGGUUCCAAAACAAUUGAGGAGAACAUGAUUGAUGUUACAAAACUAGUUGAAGAAGUCGUCGCUGUGGUUCCAAAGGAGGAAGUAGAAGUUGUUGAGGCAACAACUCCGGUGUCUCAAACAGAAUCAGAGACCAAUGUAAAGGAAGUGAAUGAAACAGCAGAUGAAGUCGCUGUGGAAACAGAGCUAAACACGCCAGAUAUUGUUUCAAAAUAUAGCGAAGGUGGGCUAGAGGAACCACAUCUAGGGGAUAAUUCACAAGAGUCCAUGCGAGUGGAUGUAUUUAAAAAACUUUAUCCUGAGGACAUCUCAGAAGCAGAGGCAGACAGACUAGAUAUUCUUGAGGCAGAACCAAAAGAAAUAGGUGGCAAUUCAGACUCAUUCGAAUCAUCAGAACCAGGAGACAUUGUGAUCAGUCUGUCAACACCAGAAGGUGUUCCAGAACCAGCAGCUGAAUCGAUUAAGGUCUUUUUCCACUUUGAGGCUGAAGAAGAUGAUCUUUUCAAGGAGAACACUGGUGAGGUUGUUCCGGAGUUCCCUCAAUAUGUCAGACCAGAGGACAAUAUGCCUGUAACUCCCAACGCGGCUCAGCCAGGCGAGGAGGUGGAAGGUAAACUGGAACAUCCGCUUAUUGAGGACUCUUCUGAUGGUGCGGACGCGACCAGAGAAUCACCUGAAACUUCCAACCCAGAAGACAUGACACUGCCAGAGGGGGGUGCCACAUUAGAGGAGACUGAAGAAGAACAUUUACGGCCAGGAGACACCAAUGUGAUAGCAGCACCGCCAGCGACAUCUGCUGCUGGACUCUCGUCUCAUGGCCCGACUGUAGACUUUGGACUUUUUGAGGUGGCAGAGGUCCCUGGACAAAAUGAACCCUCUGUCACCAUUAUUGACGAAGACCUGAAAUCGGCUGAAAUGCAAACUAGCAGACCAACAGUAGUGGAUGAGGCUGUAAGGGACCUGGCGGAGGAACUGGACCAAGCUGACCCGAUAACCACAGAGUCACCAGAUGAGGGGAGCGGCUUAGUUGAGCAACACGUGUCAGUAAGUGUCACGGCCCUGCCCCCUGUUAAAUACCUGACUACUCCCACAAUGACGACAGCCAGCCAUGGUCGGGAGCUGGUGGUCUUCUUUAGCCUGCGUGUCACCAAUAUGGACUUCUCCAUGGACCUCUUUAACAAGACGUCACCGGAGUACAGGUCCCUGGAAAACACCCUCCUUAAUGUGCUGCUGCCGUAUCUGCAGGCCAAUCUGACAGGCUUUAAAAACUUGGAGAUUCUGAACUUUCGCGAAGGCAGCGUGGUGGUCAACAGCCGCAUGAAGCUGGCCAAAUCAGUGCCCUACAACAUCACAGAGGCAGUUCACUGUGUCCUGGAGGAGUUCUGCUCGGCUGCCGCCAAACGCCUGCACAUACACAUUGACAGCCGCUCUCUGGACGUGGAACCAGCCGACCAGGCCGACCCAUGCAAGUUCCUGGCCUGCGACCCCUGGUCCCGCUGCAUACUCGACCGCCACUCCCUCGAGGCCCAAUGCCAGUGCAAUCCGGGAUUUCUGUCCGUAGACGGCCUUCCUUGUCAGAGCGUCUGCGACCUGCAGCCUGGCCGCUGUGGGCCUGCCGCUGAAUGUCAUGUGGAUCCCGGACACGGCGCCGUGUGCAGAUUCAAAGGCAGCAAGCAGUUGGUGGGCGCUUCGGUUAUGUGAUGACCCCAGAAUGUAGGAGUCAGCUGAUCCACAAGAUUUCUUCAUUUUUCACCGUGUUUUGUCUCUCGCAGACAUCCAACCGAAACAAUCCUCAUCUCCAGUGAAGUCUCUUUUCUACCGUUUGUCAAAUCUUUCACAACGAACUGUUGUCUUCUGGAGGUGUUGCAGUCGUUUUGAAGCCAUUUUGUGUUUAAUGGUCCUUGGAGACGUGAAGGUUGUUCAACUGUCUGAUCAAACGUCAAAAACUAAGUGAUCGUCAA